AUGGAUUUCGUAUCAGGGUUACCACGAACUCAAAAAGGUCAUGAUGCGAUUUGGGUUAUAGUAGACCGAUUAACUAAGACUGCACAUUUCUUGCCAGUUAAUAUGAAAUACUCUUUGGAGAAACUUGCCAAACUCUAUAUGGAUGAAGUGGUGAGACUACAUGGGGUACCAGUGAGUAUCGUAUCCGAUAGGGAUCCUAGAUUUGUAUCUCGAUUCUGGCAAAAACUGCAAGAGGCUCUAGGAACUAAGUUAAGUUAUAGUACAGCGUAUCAUCCUCAAACCGAUGGACAGUCUGAGAGAACCAUUCAAACUCUUGAGAAUAUGUUGAGAGCAUGUAUUGUAGAUUUUGGAGGGAGUUGGAGCCAAUACCUAACCUUGGUUGAGUUCGUAUAUAACAAUAGUUAUCACUCUUCUAUUCAAAUGGCCCCCUAUGAAGCAUUGUAUGAGCGAUGGUGCCAAUCACCUAUUCAUUGGGAUGAAGUAGGAGAGAGGAAGAUCAUAGAUCCGGCCACGAUACCAUGGGUUGAGGAAGCUUACGAAAGGAUAAAGCACGCUAGUCAAGUGAUGGCUGAGGGGAGUUGCUCCAAUGGAGACAUGAUCAACGUCCAGAACACUUCACUGGAAGCAUCAGGCAAUCAAGAAGUUCCAGUCAAGUCUAGAAAUAAAAAGGAAGUGGCUGAUAAAGUCCCAUACUGCAAGCUGUUCUCCUUAGCUGAUUCUGUUGACGUUGUCUUGAUGGUAGUUGGUACGGUCACAGCAGUUGCAAGUGGGAUUUGCGUACCCCUUUUGGCAGUGGUAUUGGGAGAGACAAUCAACUCUUUUGGAAAGACUCUGGAUAGAAAAGAAAUUGUACAUGAAGUUUCAAAGGUAUCUUUAAAGUUUGUGUACUUGGCUCUGGGGUCUGGUGUCACAUCUUUUUUUCAGGUAACUUGCUGGACAAUCACAGGAGAAAGGCAGGCAGCUCGGAUGAGAAGUUUAUAUCUGCGAUCUUUACUAAUGCAAGAUAUUGCAUUUUUUGACAAAGAAACUAGUACUGGAGAAAUUAUUGAGAGGAUAUCAAGGGAUACUAUUAUUAUUCAAGAUGCCAUGGGUGAAAAGGUUGGAAAAUUCAUACAGUUGUCAGCUUCUUUUUUUGGAGGCUUUGUUAUAGCUUUUAUCAAGGGGUGGCUACUCUCCUUGGUAAUGUUAUCUUCAAUCCCACCACUUGUCCUUACUGCCUUUGCAAUGACUAUCCUAAUGGCAAAGCUAGCAUCUCACGGACAAGCAGCCUAUUCCGCAGCAGCUACAGUGGUUGAACAGACUCUUAGUGCUAUUCGAACAGUUGCAUCUUUUACAGGGGAGAUGCAAGCUAUUGCAGAAUAUGAUAAAUCCCUAAAUAAAGCUUACAAGUCCGGUGUGCAAGAGGGCUUGGCAGCCGGUUUGGGUUCUGGUGUCUUUAUGUUUGUUUUCUACUGCUGCUAUGGUUUAGCCAUAUGGGUUGGGGCCAAGAUGAUCUUGGAGAAACACUAUUCAGGAGGAGAUGUCCUGAAUGUAACACUCGCAAUACUAACGGGAUCCUUUUCAAUUGGGCAAGCAUCCCCUUGCUUGAGUGCAUUUGCAUUGGGACAAGCUGCGGCUUUUAGAAUGUUUCAGAUAAUGAAUAGAAAGCCAUUAAUCAGUCCAUCCAUUUUAGAUGGACUGAAAUUGGAUAAUAUGGCUGGUACUAUAGAAUUGAAGGAUGUCUAUUUCAGCUAUCCCGCAAGGGUACAUGAACGAAUUCUUAGUGAAUUUUCUCUCUUCAUAAAAAGUGGAACAACUGCAGCAUUGGUUGGACGAAGUGGAAGUGGAAAAUCAACAGUGCUCAGCCUUAUCGAGAGAUUUUAUGAUCCACAAGCAGGUGAAGUUCUGCUGGAUGGUAUCAACAUCAAAGAUUUUCAACUUAAGUGGAUCAGAAGCAAAAUUGGUCUUGUGAGCCAAGAACCUAUCUUAUUUGCUUCGAGCAUUAGGGAAAAUAUUGCAUAUGGGAAGGAUAAUGCAAGCCUUGAAGAAAUACAAGCUGCUGCACAACACGCCAAUGCUGCAAAGUUCAUAGAGAAACUACCUCAGGGACUAGACACGAUGGUUGGUUUGCAUGGAAUUCAGAUGUCAGGGGGACAAAAGCAGAGAAUCGCAAUAGCUAGAGCAAUUCUCAAAGACCCCAGAAUUUUGCUACUGGAUGAAGCUACAAGUGCUCUUGAUGCAGAAUCUGAGAGGAUUGUGCAAGAAGCUCUGGAUGCGAUUAUGGUCAACCGAACUACUGUUAUUGUAGCACAUCGUUUGAGUACAGUGAAGAACGCAGACAAAAUUGCUGUAAUUCAUCAAGGAAAGAUUGUUGAAGAAGGCUUACAUACUGAGCUACUAAAUAAUCCCGGGGGAGUAUAUUUUGAGCUUGUACGAUUACAACAGCUUAGCAAAGAAUCCGAUGAGCAUAUUGUGGAUAAUCAGGAUGGCUCAGGGAUUAAAACAGAUUCAGGAAGACAUUCAAGCCAGAGUAUUUCCUCUCUGAGAUCCAUAAGCCGAUGCUCAUCUGGAUUAAGUAACAGUAGCCAUCACUCAUUCUCCAUUUCAACUGGUCUGCCUACUGUUGUCAAUAUGGUUGAUAUGGUAGUUGGAGAAUCGCAAGAAUCAGCUUCCAUGCCAUCAAAGAUGGACCAUCAAGUUCCACUUUACCGCUUGGCCUACGUUAACAAACAAGAAAUUCCAGAAUUAUUGCUUGGUUCUUUGGCAGCUGUUGUUACUGGUGCUAUAUUACCAAUUUUUGGUGUAGUUUUAUCAGGAGCAAUCAAGACCUUCUAUGAGCCUGCUUAUGAACUUCAGAAGAAAUCAAGAUUUUGGGCGUUAAUGCUAAUAGUUCUUGGGGGGUCUUCUUUACUGGCAACACCAUUAAAAACAUACUUUUUUGCUGUGGCAGGAUGUAAGCUAAUCAGACGAAUUCGGUUGAAAUGCUUUGAAAGAAUAAUUCAUAUGGACAUAAGUUGGUUUGACAGGCAGGAGAAUUCAAGUGGUAGAAUUAGCUCUCGGCUUGCCAUUGAUGCAACAUGUGUAAGAAGUCUAGUUGGCGAAUCACUUUCCUCGCUUGUUCAGAAUAGUGCAACAGCUUUUGCUGGUUUGGCUAUUGGUUUUGGAGCAAGCUGGCAGUUAUCUCUCAUAGUAAUAGUAAUGUUACCACUGAUUGGCCUUCACGGGUACAUGAAUAUGAAAUCCUUAAGUGGAUUCAGUGCAGAUGCAAAGAAGCUGUACGAGGAUUCCACUCAAGUAGCCAGUGAUGCAGUUGGAAGUAUUAGAACAGUUGCAUCCUUUUCUGCAGAGGAUAAGGUGAUACAACUGUUUAAGAAGAAGUGUAAACGUCCUAUGACAUUAGGAAUAAAACAAGGAUUAUAUAGUGGUGUAGGAUAUGGUUUGUCCAUGUUCUUCCUGUACUCUGCUUAUGCAACCAUUUUUUAUUUUGGAGCUAGACUCAUUAAGGCUGGCAACAUAACCUUUGGUGAGGUUUUCCAGGUUUUCUAUGGCCUGAGUUUGGCAGCUGUCAGUAUAUCUACAUCAGGUGCCCUUAGUCCAGACACUAGCAAAGGGAGGAGUGGAGCUGCUUCUAUCUUUGCACUUCUUGACCAGAAGUCACCCAUAGACUCGAGUGAGACCUCAGGAAUUACGUUAUACAAUGUGAAGGGAGAGAUACUAUUUCAACACGUCAGCUUCAAAUAUCCCAGUAGACCUGAUGUUCCAAUUUUUGAAGAUCUUUGUUUGGCUAUUGAGUCUUGCAAGACACUUGCUCUGGUUGGAGAAAGUGGGAGUGGAAAAUCUACUGUCAUUUCAUUGCUGCAAAGAUUUUAUGAUCCUAAUUCAGGUGAAAUAACAUUAGACGGAGUAGAAAUCCGAAGGCUGAAUUUAAGAUGGUUAAGGCAGCAGAUGGGAUUGGUAAGUCAGGAGCCAGUUUUAUUUAAUGGCACAAUUCGCGCCAACAUUGCAUAUGGCAAAGAAGACAGCGCCAGAGAGGCCGACAUUAUAUCUGCAGCGGAAAUUGCAAAUGCUCACAAGUUCAUAAGCAGCUUACAGCAGGGGUACGACACACAAGUUGGUGAAAGAGGGAUACAAUUGUCAGGAGGACAGAAGCAAAGAGUGGCCAUUGCUCGAGCAAUUGUAAGGUCCCCCAAGAUUCUACUUCUUGACGAGGCCACUAGUGCUCUUGAUGCUGAAUCUGAAAAAGUAGUCCAAGAUGCAUUGGAUCAAGCUAUUGUGGGAAAAACCACAAUCAUGGUGGCACACAGGCUGUCCACAAUUAAGUGUGCAGACUUGAUUGCAGUUAUUCAAAAUGGAGUUAUUAAGGAGAAAGGGAACCAUGAAAGCUUGAUUAGUAUGAAAGAGGGCAUCUAUGCUUCCCUCGUAGAACAAUAUGCUUGUGCUUCAUCAAUGUGA